ACCUCUUUUCUCGGUGGAAUGUUGUACAUGUUUUAAGCAUAAAUUUUGAUCUCAUUAGUGUAGAAAAUAAUGCUGCAAUUUAUGCUACUGUUUAGCCGUCAAGGCAAACUGCGGCUUCAGAAAUGGUACGUCGCGCACUCGGACAAGGUAAAGAAGAAGAUUACCCGGGAACUGAUCACAACCAUUCUGUCCCGGAAGCCGAAGAUGUGCUCGUUCUUGGAAUGGAAAGACUGCACUAUCGUCUACAAAAGAUACGCCAGCCUGUACUUUUGCUGUGCGAUCGAACAAAACGAUAACGAGCUACUAACCCUGGAGGUGAUUCACAGAUACGUGGAACUGUUGGAUAAAUAUUUCGGGAGUGUUUGUGAGCUGGACAUAAUCUUCAAUUUCGAAAAGGCUUACUUCAUACUGGAUGAGCUGCUCGUGGGAGGCGAGAUACAGGAAACGUCCAAAAAGAAUGUCCUCAAGGCGAUAGCUGCCCAAGACGUGUUACAAGAGCAAAAGGAACUGGAGUGCUAGUGCACACGAAGCAACUUGUGCACCACUAUCUCUCUCUAUUUCUCUCUCUCUCCAUUUCUUGCUGCCCCACCACGCAACCUUCUUGUCCUGCUAUGAACAUAAUCGGCCACCGAAAUUCUCUGCAAGCGCGCUUGAGGCGAGGAAUUGGGGCUAAUCGUAGGCGAUGCUUAUUUGAACGCCUGUCGAUGGGUGUGUGGUAUCUGUCCGGUAGCCGGAUGUCGCAGCAAGCAAAGGCAAACAGCGCUGUAAAUAUAUCUCAAUGCCAUGGGUUUGGAUACACUUUGUCCCUUAAUACUUGUUUGAUUCGUAUUCUCGAGUUAUGGUUCAUUCUGGUUUUUGUUUUUUGAAGUUACUUUUCAUAAUUCGCUCAGUUGUAAAGCAUCGCUUCGAUACAUUAUUUGGUUUCUAGCGCUCAACUUUUACCGCUUAUAUGUAUUUCGACAAAAGGGAACACACUCCUAUCGGGUUGUUGUUGGGAUGCUCGUGUCGAGCGAGUUUUGGUGCUUUCAUGCGUUUCUGUUACGAUCACUUUCUGGUCUGCGAUCAUUCCGCGAAACACCACAAAUUCAACAUAUUUACCAACUCCAUUUUGCAGGUUUUAGAUGAUGAAGAUUAUUUUCUAGUGUACUAAGUACCCCAAGACACUCGACCCCAGACACACACGCACACACAGCAGAGACAUGCCAAAAGAACGCUUUUCACACCAAACAAACACCCUUCGAGCGAGAGGAUUUCCUUUUUUAUUCUUUCAUCCAUGGCGCCAGUUCACUGUGAGUGCACUGGUAAAACGCUAGAGGUUAACGUUAGUAGAAAAAUAUCUUACCGAAAGUCCGGGACCCUAUUCGAACGAGGCGAGCUGUGCGCUAUUCCCAAACGAAUCAAGAGCGUACGUAGUCAAAAGCCGGCGAUGGUUUUUAAUAAAUUCAGCAAAACCGUGCAACAGCUGCGUGGAAAACAAACUACAGGUCAAGCAAACAAUAGUCAUUUAUCACGAAGAAGUACAGCAGCCAACAAUAACACAUGUAACCAAACCUCUCUUAAUCGUACAUCUUAAAACACUUCAUUCUUAGGACUAAAUAUAUACUGAACACACAAUAUGCUCUUAUUUCUUUUUCUUCUGA